CGCUGAAAUUUAUAAUCAUUCACAAUCUGAUCGUCCGCUAUUUGUACUCAACGACAAACCGCUCGUCGAUCCGUCGUCACGUUAUAUCCCUCAUAGCUUAAGCUAGUCGCCCUUGCAGAUAUGGCCCUCACCAUGACAAUCAAGCGUACCGCUGCGGUUCCAAGCCGCGUUACUGCUGACCGGCUGACGCGGGCCGUCGGCAUUAACCAACCCACCAGGAUGGCGCCUCGCCCGCGCACUAGUGUCAGGCCCCAAGCCCUUUACCUCAGUCCUUACAAUCGUGUGACGGUCCGCCCUAAGCUCUUCUACCGCGCUCCGCAAUCCGCUUUCGGGCUAGCCAGCCGACUGGCAUCCGAAUGGCUUCGAGAGACGACAUCUUGCGUCCAUCCCGUCGACAUCCAGACAUUCGAGGACCGCUACGAGCUUCAAUCAGAUUGUCCCGGCAUGGGCGAGGAGGAUGUGAAGGUUGAGAUCAGCCCCGAGCGCGUCCUGUCCAUUUCCGGCACCCGCAAGACCACCAGCAAGCCCUCCUCGGCCCCAGCAGCGGCAUCUACCGCAACCGCACCUGCUGAUGCUGAGCCCAGUUCCGAAUCUCCCACUGCUGCCGACACAUCCGCUUCGUCUUCAUCCUCAUCCGCACCAACGCCAUCUUCCGCUUCGCCCUCUUCUGUUUCCAGCCAGCCGGCCGAUUUCGCCGUGAGCUACCGUUUUAGCCGCAGCUUCAAGCUGCCGGAGGAUGCAGAGGUGGAGGAGGUAGAGGCGGCGCUCGAGAAGGGCGUCCUGACGGUUCGCAUUCCCCGUCGCGUGGUAGAGAAGGCCAAGCCGCGUCGGGUGGGCGUGAAGGCGGUGGGAGUAAAGUAGAGGAGCUUUGGUUUGCUGGGAUUUUGAGGAGGUGGGAGUGUACCUUAUUGUGUAUCAGUAUAUGGGCUGACGCCUGGCAUGCGUGCGUGCAUGCAGGCAUGUGGAAGAUGGUAGUACUGUGUUGUGCCCUUUGUGCGUAGCUGGGGUGUGCAUUGGGUAGUGAGUAUGCACACGUGUGCAAGCGUUUAAGGAGCACAACCGUCAUAAGGUAAUUGGUGUGGGUGUUCAGGAGUGAAAGUGCACCGUGCCGCAUUUUGCACGCAUAUCAAAAGGAAGUGUUGGCCAUGUAUGUAAGGUGCAAUAAUAAAGUGACCAAAGGCUCCGCAGUAGCGUGCAGGUUGUACAGUUAUUAUUAUAACUUCAUCCGGUCCACCGUUGUACAUGUAGUAACUUUGUACGGUAUGUUGUACAGGGCUCGUUGGCUGUACCUGUGUACGUUGCCCACUUCUCCUUUUUCCUAAAAUUGGUGCAAAUCCGGUUGAUGUAGUCUAGUCUUGCGAGUAGUGGCGAGGAAAGGUGUAAUGCCUGCAACAUCAAUGUAAGCUUACUGUGAGCAAUAAGCCCUACAC